GUACAUUCUCUUCCACUUGUCUAUUCCCAGAACAAUACAAAAACAUGUGCAAGAAAACAAGUUUAUCUUCACAUGGAUCAGAACCAUCUAUCAUGAAGACUAUAAUCUCAUCCUCCUAUCAUUUGUCUGGUGUUCAUGACAUUACAUUUCUUGCUGUGAAGCUUAUGGCCAACUUAGGCAGUUGAACUUCCCAACACGAAUUUUGCUUCUACAAACUGAAGAAAAAUGGAGAAGAAGAACCUAGUAGAAUUGGUAUUAUUGUGCGUUAUCUUAGUUUUUGAGGGCCACUGCGCUCAAAGGGCACUCUGUACUAGUGUGACUUAUGAUGGUAGGGCACUGGUCAUUGAUGGAAAGAGGAGGAUUUUGCAGUCUGGCUCAAUCCAUUACCCGCGAGCCAUGCCUGAGGUAUGGCCUGAGCUUAUUAGGAAAGCAAAGGAAGGGGGGCUCGAUGUGAUUGAGACCUAUGUUUUCUGGAACUAUCAUGAGCCUGUGAAAGGACAGUAUUACUUUGAAGGAAGAUUUGACCUCGUUCAGUUUGUUAAGGUGGUUCACGAAGCCGGUCUCUUUGUCCAUCUGAGAAUCGGUCCUUAUGCUUGUGCUGAGUGGAAUUACGGGGGCUUCCCGAUGUGGCUACACUUCAUUCCAGGAAUUCAAUUCCGCACUAAUAAUGCACCUUUCAAGACUGAAAUGGAGCUUUUUCUCGGCAAAAUAGUUGGAUUGAUGAAGGAGGAGAAUCUCUUUGCUACCCAAGGCGGACCCAUCAUUCUUGCACAGGUAGAGAAUGAAUACGCGAAUGUCGAAUGGGCAUACGGAGUCGGUGGACCAUUAUAUAUCCAAUGGGCGGCAGAAACUGCUGUUAACAUGAAUACGUCCGUACCCUGGGUGAUGUGCGCGCAAAGCGACGCACCGGAUCCAAUUAUCAACACCUGCAAUGGAUUUUACUGCGACCAGUUCACUCCGAACUCUCCUUCCAAACCCAAAAUGUGGACGGAGAACUAUGUCGGAUGGUUUCUCGCAUUCGGCUACCCAAUUCCAUAUCGACCGGUUGAGGACCUUGCUUUCGCGGUGGCGCGCUUUUUCGAACACGGUGGUACUUUUCAGAACUAUUACAUGUAUUUUGGAGGAAGCAACUUCGGGCGAACCGCUGGUGGGCCUUUGAUUGCGACAAGUUAUGAUUACGAUGCUCCUUUGGAUGAAUAUGGUUUUAUCAGGCAGCCAAAGUGGGGGCACCUCCGCGACCUGCACAAGGCAAUAAAACUAUGUGAAGAUCAUUUGGUCAGUUCUGAGCCGACCCAUGUGCAACUUGGCUCUAAAUUAGAGGCUCACGUCUACUACAAGUCUUCAAAUGACUGUGCAGCUUUUCUUGCGAAUUAUGACAGCAGUCAAGAUGCUACGGUCCAAUUUAACGGGAACUCGCACUUUCUUCCCGCUUGGUCUGUGAGCAUCCUUCCAGAUUGCAAAACCGUCAUCUAUAACACUGCAAAGGUUGUUUCACAGAGGACUGUUGCUGAUAACUCAUUUGCAAGCGCAACCACUGCACGUGCGACUUUUAUCGCACCAUCGUCCUGGAGUUGGUAUAAAGAACAUGCUGGUAUCUGGGGCAACAAUUCUUUUACUAGCCCGGGCUUAUUGGAGCAUAUAAAUACAACAAAAGAUACUAGUGACUUCCUGUGGUACACGACCAGUAUUUAUGUAGAGGAGAAUGACGCAUCAAUUCAAGAGAAUGAGGUUCUUUUGUCUCUUGUGAGUUUGGGGCAUGCGGCUCUUGUUUUCAUUAACAAACAAGUCAUCGGAUUCGGAUGUGGUAACCACGACAAUGCAAAUUUCUCGAUGGCUCAGAAAAUCAAUCUUAACCCAGGAAAUAAUACACUGGAUGUGCUGAGUAUGAUGGUGGGUCUACAGAACUACGGGCCUUGGUUCGACAUUCAAGGAGCAGGGCCUAUCUCUGUCAUCGUCGAUGAACUUGGAAAUGGUAAAACCGAUCUCUCUGAUGGUGAAUGGACCUAUCAGGUGGGGCUUGAAGGCGAAUAUCUCGGAUUAGAUAGAGUAAGCAUGGCAAAUAGUUCGCUAUGGACAAAGAGCGAGCUUGUGCCGGUUAACGAGAGCUUAAUCUGGUAUAAGGUGAUGUUUUUGGCUCCUGAAGGAACUGGCCCGUUAGCGUUGAACCUUGCUAGCAUGGGGAAGGGACAAGCUUGGGUGAAUGGGCAGAGCGUAGGGCGGUACUGGCCCGCCUAUCUCUCGCCGUCAAGCGGCUGCACUGACAACUGCGACUACAGAGGGAGUUAUGACGCAUCCAAAUGUCAAAAGGAUUGUGGCAGGCCUGCCCAAACACUGUACCAUGUCCCGCGCUCUUGGAUAAUUCCAGGAGAGAAUCUCUUAGUUCUUCACGAAGAGAUUGGAGGAGAUCCUUCAAAAGUUUCCGUGGUAACACGCACGGGCCAAGAAUUAUGCGCAGUGAUAUCCCAAGCAGAUCCUGCUCCAGUCGAUUCUUGGAAACCGAAUACAGAGCUCAUGCCGGAUGGCCCUCAAGUUCGACUCUCUUGUGACGCUGGGUGGCGCAUUACUUCAAUCCGCUUUGCUAGCUUCGGGAAUCCUCAAGGAAGCUGUGGUGCAUUUGCACCAGGAGCUUGUCACUCUGAGGUAGCUUCACUUAUAGAGCAGGCUUGUAUCGGUCAGGAGGCAUGCUCAAUACCUGUAACGGCAAAUACACUUGGCGACCCGUGCCCAUCGGUCAUUAAGAGUUUGGCCGUUGAAGCUCUAUGCAACUAACGGUACAGUUCAUAUAGAUUAACUUCUUGGCUUGCCUUGUUUCUAGGCUCUCUCUAUUUGCCGUCCAAAGGGCAUUUAUCUCGUAAGUAAGAGCAAGAACAAGGCUUUCAGUCUAUUUCAGUUGUCUCUGCCAUUUGAUUUGUAAAAGGUACUAUAUGCAUUGUGCUCAUUCACAUAAAGAGCGACCCUCUCACGCAACUUAACUAGACAAGACAAUACAAGUCCACAACAUCAUGUGA